AGUCAUGCCGGCGACGAGCGGAGGACGCUAAGCAAGCGCGACGAGGCAAGAUGGCGGAGUUUGGGUAAGAGGAUGCCUCAGAAAUACCAUCGCUGGACCCGUGUCCUCUCCCCUCCUCACGCUUAUUCCUGCCCCGCGUCUUUUUAAGGGGUUGAAAAUAAUUUCUGCGCAUUUCUUCAGGGAAAGGGGGAGGUCUUAAAAAUACGUUUUGGAGUAUGUGGAAUGCAAACUCGCUAUUGUAUCUUUGUGUUUCACUUGGUAGGUCUGGAUUAAAACAUUCUAACCUUUUACAUGCUGACUUGUUUACUAGGGAACCACUGCAUAUCUCUCGCACCAUUCCCGGGGCAGUACCGAAGUAAAAUAAUAAUUAAACCUCCAUCAAUAGUAUGUGUAUGUGUGUUUUAUAAAAAAAAGUUGUCUUUGACCCACCAAUAUUUUUAUUGUUUCCAACAGAUUCAUCUUCCAUUUAAUUACCUAAUAAAAGAUGGGAGUUCAAGGACUUUGGAAGCUGCUGGAGUGCUCUGGAAGACCCAUAAACCCAGAAAUGUUGGAAGGAAAAAUCCUUGCUGUUGGUAUCCUUAAAAAAAGAAAAGGAAGAAGAAAAGGGGAGGGGGGAUAUUGUAGUGAAAUCGCACAAAAUUUGACAAGAAGCAGACUGGGGAUGUUGCAAAGCUCCCAAAACAACAAAGAGUUAAAUACUAUUUUAGCUUCAAAACUAGAGCAGCAGCUAAGUUAGAAAGCACAAGCCAAAACAGAGACAAAAUGCAUAGCUGUCAACUUUUCCCUUUUCUUGCGAGGAAUCCUGUUCGGAAUAAGGGAAUUUCCCUUUAAAAAAGGGAAACAUUGACAGCUACGAAAAUGGUACCAAGUCAGCACAAAAGGGAGGUGGUGAUGAAGAAAGCUAUACAGUUUAUUACAAACCACAAUUGCACAGCUUAAAAUGAUUUAAAAUGCACGAACGAAUAAGCUAAUAAGGAAUGUAAAAAAACCAGUUUCUUUCAAACCUCUUCUGAUGUUUGACAGGAUGUAUGUGUCUCUCAGAGAGUCCUGUGGCAUCCUAAACUCUUAAGAAAAAUAAUAUGUUGCAGGCUUUUGUGGGCUAGAGCUCACUUUGUUGGCUGCAAUGUCAGGAUCUGACAUAAGCAGCUUCUUGAGAUGUUCUUGUUGUUUGUAUGUAUCUGCUUCCCCAGUUUUCUUCCUAUGAAUCCUCUUCUAAGAUAUCAGCAUUUGGCUAAAUCAAGCUGUGAAAGGGGCAAGGGACCGCCAUGGAAAUUCCACCCACAAUGCCCACCUUCUCACUUUGUUUCACCGACUUUGCAAGCUGCUGUUCUUUCGAAUUCGCCCUGUCUUUGUUUUUGAUGGUGAAGCACCACUUCUGAAGAGGCAAACUUUGGUACGUGCUUUAUGUGACCUUGUCCAGUACUGAAAUUUUUGCCAGGUACAGUAUAAAUUUAUUUUCAGGCAAAUGAGAAUAGAAUUGCAACAUUAGAGGUGCAGAAUUGGAGCCUAGGAAUUAGUUUGUUUCUCCCAGCUGCAACAAAAUGGAGGCUCUGCUGUGUGCAUCUCUAACCGAGGCAGGAAUUUAAUCCUUUCCCACAAUGGUCAAAUUUAAUAAGGCAUUCAGUAAAUCUUUGGCUCACUUGUGGAAGUAUGUGUCAUGAAUAGAGUAUGCAGUAGCUGGUCAUUAAUGUAAGGACUUCUAAAAAGACCAUUGGAAGGACUGUUAUUGUAGCUGACUUUCUACUUCAUUUAACUACAAACUGCAGUUUCAUAGGAAAUGCAGCACAGCACAGUGCAAAAAACAUGAUACCACCAUAACAACAUCAGUAAAGAUGUUGCAUGACGAUAAACUAGUUGGUAAAAAAAAGUCAAGUGCUCAGCAGUUUAAUCUGAAAUGAGAAUCAAAUUAAUGGAGAAUCAAUUAAUCUUAACACAAAACAUUAUUUCACUGAUGUUGUUGGCAGGCUAAGCGAAGACAACGGAAAGAAGUUGCAGCUGCUGACUCCAAGAAAACAUCAGAGAAGCUUUUGAAAACUUUUCUGAAAAAACAAGCUAUCAAAUCUGUUCUGGCAGGCAAGAGGCAAGUACAACGCCCCCCCCUUGUCUCUCUGUGGUCCCCCUCCCAACUCUAAAUAUUAAGGUUUUGCUAAUGUUAUUAUUUUUCCCCUCCAGUGAGGCUGCAUUCCCUAGCCUUUCAGAAAUACGAAGAGAAGAAAUAGAUGAUAUUUAUGUAUUACCUUCUUUACAAGAAGAUGCAAAGAACAGGUGAGUUGAACAUGCUUAUAUUAUUUAUAUUUACAGUACAAAUUUUAUAUGGGCAUGCAACCAUUAAAUAACACUCUGCUCUCUUGCUUUUUAUGGAAAAUGUGUUGAUACCUGACAGCUUACCACCUUUCCUUUUGUAACGUAGUUCUGAUGAAGAAGAUGAAAAGGAAUGGGAGGAGCGAAUGACCCAGAAAAAGAUACUGCAAGUAACUCUCACUUUAUUUAGAGUUCUUAUUUAUAUUAUUGUGUGCAUUUCUAAUGGAUAAGGAACAUCAGCAUAAAAUCUAAGUGCUGAUGUGGUAUCAUGGCUGUGGUUAAGUAAACAUCAAUGCUAAAAACAGUGUCAAGGAAGCAACAUCUGGGGAAAGACCUUUGCGUAAGACUUUUGAGAGCUCCAUAGAAGGCAGUACUACGCUACCUAGAUCAGUGGUAUGACUCCACUUAAGGCUUUGCAUAAUCCUAAAUGUUUAAAUAAAAGGACUUAUAGGGCAGAUACUUUUUAAGUGCAGUCCCCAAAAGUAAACUAUAGAAAACUAAAACUUUCAAUAUUUUUGUUAGGCUCAGUAGUAUGUGCAUGUUUGUUUUCCUUCCUGUACUUUUGCACGGUCAGCAUGUUCCUUUUGAACUACUAUCUCACGGCUCUGCAUUUUGCAUUCUGCCUUUUCCAACCUGCACAGGAAGAAUUGUGUGAAAACCCUCAUUCUGUAGAUGUUGACUCGGAAGAUUUCUUGAGCUUGCCCCCUGAAGUAAAGCACGAGAUCCUCACCGACAUGAAGGAAUUCACAAAACGAAGAAGGACGUUGUUUGAGGCCAUGCCAGAGGUAAUGCACAAGCCUUCCUUUUACCUUUUCAAGUGUGCGGAACAAAAUCUUGCUGUGUUUAAAACAGAUAAAUCCCUGUUAGUAAACCCACUAUGAUCACAACAAGUACUUACGUAAAAAAUGUCAGAGUAAUAGUUCUUGGUGUAGAGCAGCUUAUUUAAAUCAUUGCAUAAAAUGUCAAAAAUAGCAACAUCACAAUUUAAGGUAGACGUAGGGCAGUCAAAAUGAAUGAAUCCAUAGCAGGAAGGGAAUAGAUUGAAUGCUUCAAAUACAAGAUUUGCUCAUUUUAUUUUACUUAGUUUGCAAAAUUUAUAUACUUCCUGAUUGUAAUAAACUUUCAAAGUGGUUUUGCUAACAUUCAAAGGCCAGCUUAUAGGCAUGUGUCUUAAGUGCCCAUUUAUAUAUGGGAAGAGAAGGAUGCUCUCCCAAUUCUCUGGGAAACAUCACCAAGAUUAAACGGUAAGGAAUCCGUCCUGUCUGUUAAAUGAAUUUUGAGGCUCCAUACACACUUAACUGGCAGUGAGCCCAAGUGAACUCAGUAAGGCUUAGUUCCCAAGCAGACAUGUAGUAUACUGUAAAUCAUAGAAACUGAGCUAAAAUCAUACACUGUAGAGCAAGGGUGGGGAGCCCCAGGCCUGUUGGUGUCUUGUGGAAGUCAGUCAGUAGUUCACCACAACUCAACCAGUGUAAUGUAGCAACAGUACUUAGAGCCCCAGCAGAGUCUUAAGAGAGUUCAUGCUCCCAACAGACAGCUUCUUCUAGGGACUCUGGAAAACAGCCACACAGCUCAAAGUCACAAACUGUUUGUUGUCUCCAGACACAAGACAAAGCGAAACCCUAAAAUCUACUAUAUACAGUUCUUCUGGUCUUUGAAGUAAAGAUACAUACAGUGGUACCUCGCAAGACGAAUGCCUCGCAAGACAAAAAACUCACUAGACGAAAGGGUUUUUUGUUUUUUGAGCUGCUUCGCAAGACGAUUUUCCCUAUGGGCUUGCUUCGCAAGACGGAAACGUCUUGCAAGUUUGUUUCCUUUUUCUUAACACCGUUAAUACAGUUGCGACUUGACUUCAAGGAGCAACUCAUAGAACGCGGUGUGGUAGCCUUUUUUGAGGUUUUUAAAGACUUUGGUGAUUUUUGAAGCUUUUCCAAAACUUUCCCGACACCGUGCUUCGCAAGACGAAAAAAAUCGCAAGACGACAAAACUCGCGGAACGAAUUAAUUUCGUCUUGCGAGGCACCACUGUAUGUACAGAAAGAUCCACCAGCAUCAUGGAUAGCUCAGUUGGUUAGAGUGUGGUGCUGAUAACAUCAAGGUUUCAGGUUUGAUCCCCGUAUGGGACAGCUGCAUAUUGCUGCAUUGCAGGGGGCUGGACCAGAUGAUAAGAGUUCUUUCCAGCUCUCAAAAAAAAAUUCUAUGAUACUAUCACCAUGCUAGCUAACAGUGCUGUGUAAAACCCACAGCCUCUUCCCCUGACUUCUCACAGAUCCAGAGCCAGACCCUGACAGCAAACGGGAAAGGGCACAGCAGCCCAUAAGGAAAGCAAUGCCCUAGAAACUGUUAUAUCCGUCUCUACACAUAGAUAUAUUUUCUGAGCUCCAUAUUUGGUGAAUGGCUCAGCAACACUCAACCUCGCUGGUGUCGCUAUGGUAACCCAGUGCACCUUAGCUCAGAACAUCCAGGUGUGGGAGGAUGUGCUCUUCAAGACAUGAGACCAAGCACUGUGUAAUUUGACUCAUUGUUUGCCUGACACCAACGAGGUCUAGGGGCUGAAUGCAGUUCUCCACACUUCUCUGUCUGGCCCUCAGAACUCUCUCCAGGCAACACAUUCCUCUCCCCAGGCUACACCUUGUUGGGAUACUGCCGGGAAGAUGGGGGCAUCAGGCAGGCCCCCUGCUGGCUCCAGCCACCAGCCGGCAGCCGGUCUCCCUUGGAAAAGCAUCAAACAGCGACACGAGCCUCAGAUACGUUUAGAGACCCGUGCACGCUGUGUUAGCAGAAUGUGUAAAUCAUCACACAGCAGAUGAGGGAGACAGAGAAAUGUGCAAGCAUAUUUACAGCAUUUAUUCAGUAUAGUUGAGGAACAAAGGACAACAUGUCUGCAUCCCUUCGUGUCCAGCAAAAACAGCAGUAAGCAAAAGCAACAUACAACGAAUGUUCCCAGCAACUGUGCUGGACGUAAACAGGCAUGUGAUACACAACAGACAUGUCUGACCCUUUUAAGGUGGAAUCUAACACACCUCUCCGCCCUGACCUCUGCUGCACGCUCUCAUUUAGUGUUUGGUUUUUGGAUUUUUUUGCCGGGCUGGAAUGUGUCCUUGAACUUUGGUAGUUCAACCUCUGGCUUGCUUGCAUGGAGGAUGCAGUGAGUGUCUUCACGAACCGGCCUAUUGCGUAAAGGUGAAAUAUUACACAGUUGCACUGCCCACUUUUGCCCCUGACUCUACCUAUCGCAGACCUUUGGCCCCUGGAAGUGAAUGUGGCCCUCAAACAGAGAAAAGUUCCUCACCUCUGAUGUAGUGGGUAGUCUUACAUUGUGUGCUCACAACCAGAAAACUGUAAGUGGAGCUGGCGGUGGUUUCUCAUCUUAAAAACAGCUGACCCGUAAAUAGAUGUGUUUAGAUAUCUUUCACACAUGUAACAUUGGCCGCAGGGCACCCUGCUGUUUUCAGGCAACUGUUUUAAAUCCCCCCCUUGCAUAACCCCUUUUUUAUAUUGCAACUGUUCUUGGCUAUUUAAAGCACUGCCAGGCAACCAGUUAUUGUGUUUCCCUAUUUAGGGUCAAUAAUGCUGUGAUGAUAGAAUGCUCAGUCCUAACUCUCAGAGACAUGCCUGCCGUUAAUUUGCCAUUUUUAUCUUGUUUCCAUUGCACACAGUAUUCAAAGUGCCCUUAUCGGUAGUGGCACCCGCCCUGUGGAACGCCCUCCCACCAGAUGUCAAAGAGAAAAAUAACUACCAAACUUUUAGAAGACAUCUGAAGGCAGCCCUGUUUAGGGAAGCUUUUAAUGUUUAAUAGGUUAUUGUAUUUUAGUGUUUUGUUGGAAGCCGCCCAGAGUGGCUGGUGAAACGCAGCCAGAUGGGCGGGGUAUAAAUAAUAAAUUAUUAUUAUUAUUAUUAUUAUUAUUAUUAUUACUACUACUACUUAUAGUUUGUUAUUCAUGCCCCACUUUUCUUCAAAACUGAACAAUCAGAGCAUGUUAUGAUAAAACCAUAAAAGUACAUCAAAACAUGCAUAAAAUGUUAUUUCAAACAACAAAUUUUACUAUAAGGCCAGUAUGAUCUAAUAAUGUUUUAUUUUCCCAGCAAGCCUACAUUUUGCAUACUGGAAAGUAAGAUUGCAGUCCUGUAUGCACUUACCUGGUCAUUGAACGGAAUAGGGCUGGCUUCAGAGUAGACAUGCAUAGGCAUGCUCAGUUCCACUUUGAGUUUUUAUUACUAAGUGGGGAUUUGAAACUAAAUCCCCUGGGGCAAAGUCCCUGUGGUCUGUUCAUAAGACUCCCUGUUUGAAUCCCAGGCUCCAUUCUCAGCUGCCAGCUGCCACUUGCACUUCCGGGACCCAAAGAUGUAGUGUUUGGUUCUCUUGUCAGGGAAGCUAGUCAAUGAGCCACAAAUGUUUUUCUCGUUCCCCAAGACACCGUCCGCCCAAUGUGCCAUUUUUUGUGUGCCAUUCUGUUCCUGUUCAUCCUCCACUGUGAUACCAUGAAGACAAAAGAUUUUUGCGUGGCCCCUGAAGGCGCUGCAAAGUUGCCCAUUUCCUAAAACACAUUGCAUGUAUAUAAGCUUUUGAUUUUUCCUCCUUUUGCACCCCAUUGCGAUACUGUGAUGCUAAAAUGUGUUUUGUGGACCUCCCCCCCAUGAACCCUGCCCCUACUUCCUCCAGUUGUUUUUAACUGAUCACUCCUGUGGGUCCACUGUUGUGAUUCAUGACAUCGAAAAGUUUUUAUUUUGCAAGGGCCCAAGAAUGUGUCUUUAGAAAACAGAAAAAGCAAAGGGCCAUUCUCGCUUUCACACUUCAGCCGCAACUGCUUUGAUAGGUAGUUCCUGAAGGGUUUUCCAUAGUUGAUCAUAGCUCAAAAGAAAGUUAGCCAUUUCCUGUGUUAUAUGAGGAGGAAAUUCUGCGUCUUCUAUUAUAUAACUAUUCCAAAGUCAGUGGAUAAUUUACAAAACUUUUUACAUGUUAAAUGGAACAAGCUAUGUGAUGGAUAUAAUUGUUGACAUUCUAAAAAGAAAAAUGUCAUUUUUUUUUUUUACAAAACGUUGAUGAUAAUGUCUCCUGAUGGUUGAAAUACCUCCUCUUCCUCUAACACAGUACAUUUAUUUGCCCUGGAAAUACAGGAAGUUCAAUUCAAGUUUAUUGAAGUGUUGUUUUUGUUGUUGUUGAAGGAGUCCAGUGACUUCUCCCAGUAUCAGCUCAAGGGAUUGCUUAAGAAAAGCAGCUUGAAUCGGCACAUAGAAAAGGUGCAGAAGGAGAUGAAUGAACAGCACUCGGGCCAAAUCCAGAGCCAGUACGAAGACGACGGGGGCUUCUUGAAAGAAGUGGAAACCAGGAGGGUUGUUUCGGAAGACACCUCUCACUAUAUCCUAAUAAAAGGUAGUAGGGCAAGAACGUUUCCUUCCAUGAGAAAAUUAAAUGUACAGUGCUAGUAAAAUUAAAGCAGUUUCAUAACCACAACAAACUUAAUUAAUUAAACCAGUUUAAUAACUGCAGAAUAACUUCUGUUGUCUAUACUCUGGUAACCAUGUUUACACAUAGGGAUGCCUCUGAAGAUGGUUCGGAAGCUUCAGCUGGUACAGAAUUCAGUAACCAAGUUGCUGAGCAUAUAAGGCUAAUCCUGGCCCGACAGCACUGGCUGCCACUUAGCUUCCUGGCCCAAUUCAGAGUGCUGUUUUUGACCUAUAAAGCCUUAAAUGGCUCAGGACCGCAAUACCUGAAGGGCCGCCUCUCACCCACAUAAACCGCCCCGGAAUCUGCAUUCACCAUCUGAGGUCCUUCUUCCUGUGCUUCCUCCAGCUGAGGUCUGGAGGGUGGCAACACGAGAACGGACCUUUUCUGUGGUGGCUCUGCUUUUGUGGAAUGCUCUCCCCAGGAAGCUUUGCCUGGCACCUUCAUUAUAUAUUUUUAGGCACCAGAUGAAAAUGUUCCUCUUCAGCCUUUGGCUGAUUCAUAUUCUACAGCGUUUUAAAUGUGUGUGUGAGAAGGGUGGGUGGGUAUUGUUUUGCCGUUUUGUAUUACUUAUUUACUUGUUUUUAUUGUGCAUUUUAUUCUGUGAACCGCCCAGAGAUCUUAUGAUGACAGGUGGCAUAAAAAGGUAAAGGGACCCCUGACCAUUAGGUCCAGUCGUGGCAGACUCUGGGGUUGUGUCGCUCAUCUCACUUUAUUGGCCGAGGGAGCCGGCGUACAGCUUCCGGGUCAUGUGGCCAGCAUGACUAAGCCGCUUCUGGUGAACCAGAGCAGCGCAUGGAAACGCCAUUUACCUUCCCGCCGGAGAGGUACCUAUUUAUCUACUUGCACUUUGACGUGCUUUUGAACUGCUAGGUUGGCAGGAGCAGGGACCGAGCAACGGGAGCUCACCCCGUUGCGGGGAUUCGAACCGCCAACCUUCUGAUCGGCACGUCCUAGGCUCUGUGGUUUAACCCACAGCGCCACCCGCAUCCCAUAACGGGUGGUAUACAAAUCCUAUAAAUAAAAUAAAAGUCAUCACUCAGCUUGUAUGUGAUUUUAAUCCCGCAGCCUUUCUGUUAAACCCCUCCACCCCAAACCCUUGUAUUAAGAUAUGAAUAAACAGUGAUGAUCCCUUUUCUCUCAGGUGUCCAAUCCAAAGGCGAUGCCCCCAGAGAUAUGAAAACAAAGUCAGCCAGCCAUUCUUCUGCAGGGUUUCAAGAUUCAGAGUCUAGAGGGAAUAUUAAGGAGUCUCAGUUUAACAGGAAGCCCCCUCUAGAGGAUCUCAUAAAGGAUGAACCAACCAGCAGUUCUUCUCUAGCUCCUCCUUCCCCCAGAACCGUUCUUGCUAUCCAAGCUGCCAUGCUGGGAAGCAGUUCAGAGGAGGAGCUGGAAGGCGACAACAAAGAUCGGCUUGAUGCGGAUGAAGGCAGGUCCAGCGCUCAUUCUGACGCCAGCAACAUGUCCCCAAGGACACUGUGGGCUAUUCAGAAUGCUUUAUGUGAGGAGGAGGAGGAUGUUGAAGCAUCUUUUUGCAUCCGCACUGGUGGCAGUCGAGUGGGGAGACCUGCGAAGGAUAUUCUUGCCAGUAGCUCGGAUGAGGAGGGCCAAGUACCUGAAGAUCGGCGUGAAAAAGAGCCUCCAUUUUUAUCUGUCGGGCAUUCAGAAGGCAAACUCAUUAGCCAAGACAGUGAAUUGGGUCAAAGGAAGGAUCUCUUGGAGAAGGAUCAGAGCGUACCUGAAAUCGUAUGCACUCCUUUUAUGGAAAAAGUACCUUCUGUGGCAGAUAAGGAAAAAGGAGGAAUGGGAGCCUUGACGUCCACAACAGGCACAACUUCUGGGAAAGAUGAAGGUAUGGAUAUUGGCACAGAGCGGCGAGAAAAGCCUUCGGCGCAGACUCCAUCAGUUGUCCCAAGCCAUUCAAACUUUGCAGAGGUAGCCGAAAACGGCAAAGCUGAACAUUUAGUGGAAUUGGUUCAGCCGUCAGGGAAACAAGCCUCUGAAGGUCAGCACCAUGCACUCCCGUUUACUUCGGAAAUGGAAAACCUCAACAGAGAAAGAAAGGAACUUCAAUCACAGUCUGAAGAGAGUGAUUCUGAUGGUAUGUGGUUGUUAAAAUAUAUGCAUAUGAUAAAGGCAGAACAUAGGAACAUACAUAAACAUGACAGAAUGUAAGAAGGGUUCUGUGGAAUUCCCUGGGCAGGGAAGCUCAGAUGCAUUCAUUUUUGGUGAUCUUUCAAGGUCAAAUUAAAAACGGUUUUGUUUUGGAAGGAAGGCAACUGUUGAAUUCUGCUCUCCCACCCAGAUUUUAAUUAGACUAAUUGAUGCUUAUGAAGUUGUUUUUAAAUAUUUUGAACCGCUUGGGUUUUACUUUAAGAAACUUGGCAGAAGAACAGAGGCAAAGAAGCCAAUCGUUCUCACUUUUUCUUUUCUUUUUAAUGUUGAUCAGGUAGCUUCAUUGAAGUGGAUGCCGAAGCGAGUGGUGAACCUCAGGACGAAACAUCAGAGGUGUCCCUUGCUUCCGCUGAACAGGAGGAAGAAGCGUUGUCUGCAGAGGAUGUGAAAGGGGCGGACGAACAUCCCACGGGCAGCCUAACAGAAGACACUGGUGAGGAUUCAGAGCUGUCUAUGCAACAGGAUGCUGAAAUCGAAGGCAAGGAGGAUGCUGUUAACGAAUGGCAGGAUAUUAGUAUGGUAAUUAUUUUGUUGUCAGUAAUGAGGAAAGAGCUGUAUUCCCAGGGAAUACGACAAUUCUGUUCAGUUGUUCCAUAACAUUUAUUUAUUUAUUUAAUGAGAAAGACCUGCACAGUUAUUUGAAAGAGUACAAAAAGGAUGAAUUGGAAGUCAGUAGGAACAGAGACUAUGACAUCCAUGAAACUCCCCUUCUUAUGACUGGUUUGCUGCCUGUACUUUUUCAGAUUCUGCCUAUGACUGAAGAUCAGAAAUAGUCUAUUUUUUGAAAAACCCCUUCUUAAAAACAAUGUGUCAGAAUUUCAGAUUUGACGAUGCAUGUGUACAGAACUGAACCAACAAUGUCUUCUGCUAAAUUUCCUUUCUUUGGGUAGGGUUCCUCUGUUUUUGCUCUGCUAAAUGCAGAAUUUGGACUUGUGUGGUGCAGAAUUUUAUAUUUCUGGGGAUUGCUAACAAUCCUGAGCAUAGGUUUUUGGUGUAAUUAUGCCUACUACGAACUUAAGCGCAGACAGGUAACUAACAUACAUCGGUGCCUUGGGGCUUAACAGAACUUGGAUCUUCCUUUAUGUUUACAGGAGGAGUUGGAAGUCUUGGAAACAAACCUUUCUGCUGAGCAAAAUGCUCUAAAGGCUCAGAAGCAACAGCAGGAGCGUAUUGCUGCCACUGUGACAGGACAGAUGUUCUUAGAAAGUCAGGUAAUGUAUUUAUCAUCCCUUCUUGUUCUCAGUAGCCUUUAAAGAUUCCCAUUUUCCCAAAGGGAAAACUGAGAAAUGUUGGCAAGAGUAUCCAGUCAAGUCCAAGUUCAGCUCCCUUUGCACUGGGUUACGCUGGCUUGGACUGUGACUGGGAAAGAGGCGAGGGAGGGAGAGUAUGAUCUUUUGUCUAAACUUGAGGUAUUGAUAUUUUCCUUUCCUUAUUGCAUUUGAGCAAUGCUCACAUGAUCAGUUUCAUUGAAUUAUUUCACAGCUGCUGCAAUAUUCUAUAGAGCGAUAAUUUAUUGCAAAACCCCACCACCACCACCUACAUCAAGAGACAAGCUUGCUUGACUCAUUUCAGUGUUGUGUGCCUAAUUUGUACAACUGGGAUAUAAGAAGGAAGAAUAAACUGAUAUUUCUUAAAGUUGAGCACAGCAAAAGAAUAUCUUUGUCCCUUCCAAUUCCACAGUUCUAUGAUUCUGUGAGAUAAAACUGAGAAACAUUUGUGAAAAUAAAUUCCCUCCCAUUACAUACCAGGCAGGUGCCAUCUCUGUUGUCUCCUCAUCGCCUUUUGAAGACCUCCCAUAAAUCUUUAAAUUGAGUGUUUUACCCCAGUCUACACCUGUAUUGGAUUUUACUUUAAAAAAUAAAUAAAUGCUCUUUUAAAUACAUUUUUACUGUUAAAUCACUUUGAGAUCUUUCACAAUAACUGGAUUAAAAUAAAUGGAACGAAAUAAAUAAAAUAAGAGGAAAAUGUCAACAUUACAUCAUAAGUUAGAGGCAUCCCCCCUGCCCACUCCACAAGCAUUCUCAUGUUAGUAAUUCCUUCACGUUAACUUUGCAUGACUUGGAAGAACAAACUGAAGAGAGAGAUGUCAGUGAUAAAAGCUACAAAUUGCCUUUUCGUUUCUGUUUUCCACUGUGCAACUUAAAUGUACAGUGGUGCCCCGCAAGACGAAUGCCUCGCAAGACGGAAAAACCGCUAGACGAAAGGGUUUUCCGUUUUGAAGUUGCUUCGCAGGACGAAUUCCCCUAUGGGCUUGCUUCGCAAGACGAAAAUACCUUGCGAGUCUUGAGAUUUUUUUCGCUUUCCCCCUUUAUCUAAUCUGCUAAGCCUUUAAUAGCCUUUAAUAGCCUUUUAGCAGCUAAUCCCCUAAGCCUUUAAGCCUUUAAUAGCCGCUAAACAGCUGAUAGCGCUAAUAGCGCUAAUCCGUCAAUGGGCUUGCUUCGCAAGACGAAAAAACCGCUAGACGAAGACUCUUGCGGAACGGAUUAAUUUCGUCUUGCGAGGCACCACUGUAUCAUAUUGAGUUAGGCUGUUGGCAGAAAGGGUUAGCAAGGGAUGUGUACAAACAGAUUGAAUGUAGCUCUUAUACUAACCCCCCUAGAAACUAAAGUAGAGCAUUAGCAAAAUAAGUGAUUAUUGAUGUAUUGCCAAGACACACAUUAGGGAAGGAGGGGUGGAAAUGGGAAAAGUCCUUAUGUAUUUUUCUUAGAAAGCUGGAAAUAGUGUAUCUGUUCCAUCCCAUGCAAAUCCAGGCUUAACUGACAUAUCACAUAGCUGCAGAUGCAGCAGAUCCAAGCUUGGAACAUCUCCAUGACAAACAGCUGUCCGCAGAAGAUUUAUUUGCCCUGCUCACAUAGUCAAUGGUCUUACCUAUUUUUGACCUUUCCCUCCCCAGUAAAACUAACGCUGCACUCAAAACCAGUCACUUACUGUCUUCUAAGGGGAAAAAACAACAACUACCAGAAACCACAAUCACUGGCAUCAUUUGUAAGUUGGGUGUGAUAGCUUGUAUGUGCGACUGACCCAUUAUACAUCUAAUAAUGCACUUCCAUGUUGCCUGAUAUUGCCUCUGAUGCAGAGCUUUCUAGUGGAGCUGGUUCGCACAUUCACCUGCCAGUAAUUGAGUGAUACCUGUGGGAGAGAAGUACAGUGGUACCUCUGGUUAUGAACUUAAUUCGUUCCGGAGGUCCGUUCUUAAGCUGAAAUGGUUCUUAUCCUGAGGCGUGCUAUCGCUAAUGGGGUUUCCUGCUUCGCACGCGCCAAAAGCAUGCGAUUUCCAUUUGCAUCCUGGGGCAAAGUUCGCAACCAGGAGCAGCUACUUCCAGGUCAGCGGAGCUCGUAACCUGAAGCGUUCGUAACCAGAGGUACGACUGUAUUGAGUUUGUUUCUCCGUUCUCUCAGGAACUUCUGCGCCUCUUUGGCAUUCCAUACAUCGAAGCCCCUAUGGAGGCAGAGGCUCAGUGUGCCGUCUUAGACCUCACGGAUCAAACCUCAGGGACAAUCACGGAUGACAGUGACAUUUGGUUGUUUGGAGCACGACAUGUGUACAAAAACUUUUUCUCUCAAAACAAGUAUGUGGAAUAUUACCAGUACGUGGAUUUCCAGAAUCAGCUAGGUAAGACCAAAAAAAACCUGCUUAUGCAGAAGAUUUGAAUUGCUUCUUUUUUUUAACCCUCUAAUGGAAACUAUGCAGUUUUAUUAUUAUGAUAGUGUAUCAACAAUUUCGCUAUUAUACAGCAGAUAAUUCAAAUAUAUUUCCUUGUUCCUCUGUUCGUUCUUCUGCUUCGGAGGAUUAUAGAAUUGGUGACAAGCGAUUUGAAUUCAGGGGGUAACCUGCAUAACGCUGCUCUGUUAGUUCCACUGUCUAGAGUUCUGUAACUGGUUGAUCCUUGUGGCUGCUGGUGUUGGUCCCUGGAUUAACACUCUUAAUCUUUCUGAUGUUUGGCUUCCCAGAUUAGGAAUGAGUCAUGUCUGCUCAGUAGUUAGAAACAAUUAAGACACAGCAUUUAGUUGGAGCAGCCUUAAAACUUGUCAGGUUUCUUGAACUAAAAGCAAGUUCUCUCAUUAGCCUGCACUUGGAGCUUUUAUAGAAUUUAUUUAAACUAGCUUUUGCUGCCUGUGGAUAGGGUAGAAUAAUUAUUACCUGGUCUGAGUGGGGCAGCCUCGGUAAAGUGUGGUACCAAUGUUAGCAUCCUUUGGGCACCAGGUUGACAUACCUUUUCUUGCAGGCAUUUGAAAGAAUGAUUAACAUGACUCUCUCUCUCUCUCUCUCUCUCUCGCUCUCUCAGUGUAGGAGUGUGUAUUGCUAUUUUAUCGUUAAACUUGAUAGCUGUUUUUAGUUGCAAGCCGCAAGACAUUUGGUAUUAGGAGAUGUUGAUAAUAAAUUGAAUUAAAUGAAUUGUUAGCAAUAGUUUGUGAAUCUUUGCAACUCUUAUACAUGUUUUCAGUGCCUGCUCUUGCAUGAAGAUGAUUCAUGCUAAUUCUAACCAGUAGUUUUUUGGGUACUCUCUUGAUUUUGCUGAUACCUAGCAGAUCUCAAAGGGACACGGCUGGCGCUGUGGGUUAAACCACAGAGCCUAGGACUUGCCGAUCAGAAGGUCGGCGGUUCGAAUCCCCAUGACGGGGUGAGCUCCUGUUGCUCGGUCCCUGCUCCUGCCAACCUAGCAGUUUGAAAGCACGUCAAAGUGCAAGUAGAUAAAUAGGUACCACUCCGGGGGGAAGUUAAACGGCAUUUCCGUGCGCUGCUCUGGUUCGCCAGAAGCAGCUUAGUCAUGCUGGCCACAUUACCUGGAAGCUGUACGCCGGCUCCCUUGACCAAUAAAGCUAGAUGAGCGCCGCAACCCCAGAGUCGGUCACGACUGGACCUAAUGGUCAGGGGUCCCUUUACCUUUACCUAGCAGAUCUCAAACCUGGUUGCCCAAGAUUUCUGCUCUUUGUGUGUGGAAAAGGUUCAGGACUGAACUUCGUAGUACACACCAUAAAAGCAUGCACUGAGCUGUUGCACCCCCCCUUUUUUUUAACAAAGUUAAUGCAUAUUUUUUUAGUUGAAAGUGUGAACUUGUGAAUUCUAUCACACAUAACUUGCUUAUUUCCCUCCCUUCAGGCUUGGAUCGAAACAAGUUAAUUAAUCUAGCCUAUCUGCUUGGUAGUGAUUACACAGAAGGAAUUCCUACUGUUGGCUGUGUAACAGCAAUGGAGAUCUUGAACGAAUUUCCUGGACGAGGAAUGGAGCCUCUCUUAAAACUUGUGUAGGUAUUUAAUUUUUUUUGCAGGCUGUUCUCUCUCUCUCUCUCUCUCUCUCUCUCUCUCUGUGUGUGUGUGUGUGUGUGUUCUGGUCUGAAGCGUUAUGAGCUAGGAUGCCUGGCAAAGGGAAAUAUUAGUGUAACACAGAAACAAUCAUGAAUCUGUUUAUAUUUCUUGUAAUUACAGUGGUACCUUGGGUUACAGACGCUUUAGGUUACAGACUCUGCUAACCCAGAAAUAGCACCUCAGGUUAAGAACUUUGCUUCAGGAUGAGAACAGAAGUCAUGCUCCGGGGGCGCGGCAGCAGCGGGAGGCCCCAUUAGCUAAAGUGGUGCUUCAGGUUAAGAACAGUUUCAGGUUAAGAACGGACCUCCAAAACGAACUAAGUUCUUAACCUGAGGUACCACUGUACUGUGAUUCUCUGCAUUUAUGGCAGAACAUGUUCGUUUGCCAUGGCAAACCAUGGUUUCUGGCUUUCGCAUGCUGCCAGGUUGCUCCUGCUUUGCCUCUCUCCUGGUGCAAACAGGAGAAAUAAAGCAGAAAGCUGCUGUUAAGCAUAGAACCAUGGUUUGUUGCUCCCUAACAAGCCAUAAUCUGAAAAUCGACAGCAACCCAUGGUUUAAGGCUGUCUAUUGAUUCAUGUAUAAAUGGGCUUUUGAUUUCUUUUUGAUGUUCUUUAUGCUUUUGUCUUCCACAAACGGAAAACGCAUUCACUGCUCUUCUGCAGAUGUAAUACCUUUCCCAAACUGAUUUCAGCGCAUGGUCAUACCUGGUCACCACCCUGCUGUGCACUGGGGCAAACUGAGGACCUCCAUUUUACAUUGCACAGUGCAAGGAAAGGACUUAUGUAUGGGCUGUGUGCUCAUAAAAGCUGUUUUGGUUGCUGUAGUCCCUAUACCUGAAGAGGCUGUAGGUUCUUCAAAACUGAAGUUUCCCUUGUCACUUUGACAGGUGACAGUCCUGACCAAACCAACACAUUCUCUUCUUGUGUGUGAGAGAGAUUUAAACAUCUAUUUCUGUUAUCUCAGGGAAUGGUGGGCCGAGGCUCAGAAGUAUAAUAAAACGCGUCCCAAUCCAUAUGACACCAAAGUGAAGAAAAAAUUGCGGCAGUUGCAGCUUGCACCCGGUUUCCCAAAUCCUGCAGUAGCAGAGGCUUAUCUGCAUCCCGUGGUGGAUGAGUCGAAAGGAUUAUUCGUUUGGGGAAGACCUGACGUGGAACAGAUAAGAGAAUAUCCUUUUCCCCCGCUGUUUUCUCUGUACUCUUGAUAAGCGCUGCUUAGAAAUGCUCCGGCAGAAAUGUUUGUGAAACAUGCAGCAAAUGGGGUGCUGUGUUGCAUGAAAGAGCUCACAUGGUUUGCUAACAUGGUUCUGUGGUGCGGAGGGGAUAGAAAUCUCUCUCUCAAUGCAAGUGUCAUCCAGAAGCAGCUAACUGAUGUGUCGCCUCUUGUGUGCUUCCUAAUGCACAGAGUGUCUUCAAGUACCGUAGAUUCCGGCGUAUAAGACGACUUUUUAACCCCGGAAAAGAGGUUAAAAAGUUGGGGGUCGUCUUAUACGCCGGGUACUGCUUUCUCCCGGCGCGGAGCUGCUCAGAAUAUUAGGCUACUGUGCUUAUAAGACGAACCCCCAAAUUGGCAGCUGCCAAUUUGGGGGGUCAUCUAAUACGCCCAGUUGCCUAAUACGCCAGAAUCUAUGGUAGCUGUCACCAAAUGCAGAUGUGUGGUGCAUGAAAGAUACUACUUGAAAAACAGCAAGCCAAAGAACUGCAGUCUUUGCUUGUGAAAAGUGCUGCGAUACAUGUAUAAAAUUAACAGGAAAGGGCUUGAGAAUAUCCCAGAUUUGCAUCAUAAAACGCAGUAAUUGUUAGGGGGUUUUCUGCUUUUAAAUGCUCAUCGUGCUGCUACAUAAAACUAUUACUUACAGACUUCCAAAAUACAAGGUUGUAUCCAGGUAUGUGUGAUUGGCAUAUCCCUGUUCACCCCCAAAAAUCUGCUGCAAAGUAUACCCCAAUCCUCUGGAUCAGAUUUUGAAGGGUGUACAGGGGAGCAGCGGCUGCAAGAGAUUGGCGUGGAGGAAGGAGGUCUCUUGCACAAGUUGCAGCUUGUUGUGGAAGCAGAAUGGCAGCAUUUGACACAAUCCACACAAUUGCAAAUCCUGUUUUCCUGGAUGUGUUUGCUGCUUUCAGGAACUUUCAUUCAUGCUUUCAUUUCCUUUGAAUUUCUAUUGGCCCUUGACUUGAAACACAUUUUGCCAAAGUCGUUUUGGCUGGACCAAGUUGAAAACAGACGAAGUCCUGUUGCCUGUCCUCAAGCAGCUGAAUGCACAGCAGGUAUCAGUAACACACACAAAUGUGUGUCUGUGGGGGUGGUGAAACUUGUUUUGCUGCAUCAUCAAAAGGCUGUCUCCAUAUGCCCAGAUAAACCCUGGCAAGAACAGUUAGAAUGGAUGUCUAUCCCCCACAAAGGUAGAAAAUUAAAUCAUCACCUACAAAUAUGUCUAUGAAAUUCACUGAAAGUCGGAUAAAGAAAGCAAAUGAUGAAUUUAAAUCCCAGGAAUAAAUUGCUCAGGGCAGACUCAAAAUGCAGACAAGAGUGAGAGCUCAGCGGAGUAUUUUUAAAAUAUCAGAACUGGUGUAUUGUAGGUGAAAUGAAUGGUUCACAUUUUAGAACAUGUUUAUCCCAUCUUUUCUCUGGAUCAGAAUUUGGGUAGGCUGUGUUUCAGGGAUGUGGUCUUCCAGAGGUUGCUGAGCUGCAACUCCCUUCAUCCCCAACCAUUACCGUCUAGGGCUGAUAGGAAUUGGAGUCCAACAACAUCCCUCUUCUAUAUUAGUGGCCAGUGUUUUUUGCCAUUGUGUGUGCUGGUGCUUGCUGCAUUACAGAUGUGGCUCAUUGUAUCUUGGUGUAGCUUUGCCCCUACUGUGCCAGGGAACAAGCAGAAGACUUGAAGAUAUUUUUUCCAGCAUCACGCCUAUGAACCCUAUUUUUCCAUUUCAUAACUCCCACUAACUUCUGCUGCCUUGUGCAAUAGGUUGGCCACCCAUGUUUCAGGUAGAUGUUGCAAAUUUAAGAAUCUAUGAUGUCCUUGUUCUACUCCGGUUAGACUCAUCAUGGGUUUUUUUGUGGGUAGCCUUCUGAAUUGGUUGCAGCACCAUAGGUGCUGCUAUCAAACAGCUUACUUUGAUAUUAAGGAUUGUUUGGAAACUGAAGGACCAGCACUGACCUCAUAUUCAGCUAUAAAACACAGGCCAUUUAAUGGACCUGGCUGAUGAAUCUUUUAGCUGGCUCAACGAGUUUAUUAUCUUUGAAGAAGGGGUGCGGGUUUAGGUUUGCAGGUGAACGUUACAUAGAUCUCAAGCAGUUUAAGUGGUAAGAUGCUUUGAGCUGAAAACAGAAGCCAGAUAAGUACCAGAAGCCUGGAGACAGAUAUAAAGGGAUUAGCAUUUGGUUUGUGCUCAGACCUCUUGAUUUCUAAGCCCAGGAGUUGGCAGGAACAGUCUUCCCACAGGUGGCUGGGAAAUUUGCCAGGAUCAGUGAGGCUCCUCUUCCUUUCCAACAUGUAUACAAGUUAUUUUCAGACCAUAACUGGCGACAUAAAUUUGUAAGCAAACAUGUUGAUAACAGAUGAUGAGUCCUAAUGUUGAGCAGACAAGAGGGCUCACCCAGAUGCUAUCCUGUCACGUUCUGUGCCACCUGGAAUGUGACUAGUUACCUUUUUCUGAAACUCUCCUUUGUUCAGUGAUGAAAACCAACCGUGUAGAAUGGCAGGGCACUUCCCUAGCUGUGCAGAAUCAUAAUAUCUGCACUUAGAGCUGCCUAUCUGGAGAGAGUAGUCAACGUUCAGUAUAUCAGCCUGUGUAGAAAUUGCAUGAGACCCCACAGGCAGAGAACCUGGUUUUUAUGCAAAUGAUAUGCAAAUAUCAUCUACACAGAAAAUACGCAAAUGAACAGCAGUCUUUAUUGCAUGUUUAUUAGGAAUUCUGGAUUACUUAGACACUUUAUCUCUUUCAAAACGAAACCAUCCAGCCCCAAACCCCAUAAAACCACAAACUGCAAAAUGCAGUAUUUUAAGGAUAAACUGUGAACUAUGUGAAGCUGUGAACUAUAUGAACUGAUCCAUUUACUCACCAAAGGUUAAUCUGAAUGAACAGAUCUUCACCCUCCUACUAUGAAAGAUAUCAGUGGCAUGUUCUGGUGGAGACCUGUCAGGAAGGAAGUUUCACAACUGAGAUGCCGCUAACUGAAAGGUCUUGAGUAGGAACUUGAAUUCUUAUCCUGAGCCGGAUCAUUGGUCCAUCUAGUGCUGACUGCCAGCGGUGCUCCAGAAUUUCAGACAGUUCUCUUCCACCUCUACGUGGAGAUACCUGGGAUUGAACCUGGGACCUUCUGCAUGCAAAGCAAAUGCUCUACCACUGAGCUAUGGCCAUUUCCUGAGUCUGGUGGAUCUUAUAGCUUGCUGGGUGGAAUCUCAAGAGAGGACUUCCCCAUAGAUCUUCAUUGGUACAGUGGGCCUCAAUUGGCUUGAUAGGCCCAGGCAAUAUAGAGGGUUGAACUUAGAUGCCCUGUGUCUUUUCCCUAUUGCAAUUAGCCUAUGCCAUAAUUCCUUAACAUCAGUUGUGGGGAUGCCCCCUUUUCUCUUUGUAGACUCAGCUCCGUAUCGACUCCUUCUUCAGAUCAGCCCAACACGAGAAGCAAGCCAUCAAGAGUCAGAGGCUUCGCCGGGCUGUGACUUGCAUGAGGAGGAAAGAGAAGGAAGAAGAGCAAAACGAAGUCCUGCAAGCUACUGUGGUCAUGGAGCAAGAACGUAAGCAGAGGAAAGGGAAGGAUCCUCUUCGAGGUGCGAAGCAAGGACUGGCUGGAACACAGGGCCGGCGGGGCAAGAGGAGGAAAACCCCACAGCUGAAAGGGGAGGGUUGUGGAGGGGGAGGCUUCAUAGGGGAGGUUCAGCUCUCGGAGGCUGAAUCGUCCAGCGAAUCGUCGGCCGAAGAGUCGGAGAAGGAAGCCUCCAAAAGGUGCAAAAAAGGAGGAAAUGCCCUGGUGCUUGAAGCGGACACAGCCAGCUUGGAUGCCAAGCUGGAUGAAGUGGGGAACAGCAGCUCUAGUGCCGAGGAAGAAAAGCCUCUGGUCACAGCUAGGCCUGUAUUUGAGGGCAAGAAGGCAAGGGGCAAGUCUUCCAGGGGAAGACGUAAGAAAUAGUGCUAGCUAGCAACAGAUAGGGAAUUCUGAAAAUGCUGUUUGGUAUAUAGCGCAAUGAAAUCUUCGCUAGCCAAGAAUUGCUCUCCCACCUUCAUGAUCUUACUUUUGUAUAUAUCGGCACGAACCUCCAUGAUCUUAUUUUUGUAUAUAUUAGCACUAUUUAUUAAAUAAGGGCUUCUCUUUUUCUAACAGCGAUUAUGAGCUGGAAUGUUUAAACCUCUUUUAAGAGGAUAAUAUCAAUGUCUGUUUUCUCAAGAAUGCUUCCAGGAGAAUAAAGAAAUUUGCCUCCCUUGAAGGUUCUCAAGGUGAUUUUGUGAUGGUGUAUGUGUUUUUCAUCAUGGAAAUUGAGUCGUUUUAUAAUGCAGUCAACCUGUCAGUCAGCUUCACGCUUCAUGAAAUGCGAGCAGCAGCGUACCAUACAGGGUUUCUGCAUUCUGCCAGAAGAAAAUACUUUGGGCAGCUUCGACUCCUCAUACCGUGCUGUUCACCUAUAUUAAAAAAUCAUUUCAGGCAUGUCAUCCAUUGCAGAGAAAUAUCUGAUGGGACUGGUUAUUCUUCAAUAAAAGCUACAGAUAGCUAGUUGUAUCUUAAGAGCAUAGCUAAUAGAGAAUUUAACAAAUAAAUUCAAAAAGAGAAUUGGCUUUGCAUAGUGGCUGAGGAACGAACGAGGAAGAUCAAUGCUACGACCUUGCUAUGGACCAUGUCAGCUGCUGUAUUUGGGGACGGGCAGGAAUUUUUCCACUUGGCAAACUGGACCUGGCCAUUUGGUUUUGCCUACCUCAUAGCAAUCGUCACAACUUUGUGAGGUUAGGCAUUGGGUAGGCCUUGACUUGGCUGGAGGGGAGGUUGUAGCUUCUCCUUGCCCCUCCUUGGUUAAGGGGAUCUGGUUAAAGCGAUCUGGGAGGAGUAGCUUCUGUACGAUGCCAAGACGGGGGCUAGAACCAUAGCAGCAUUCCAACAGGGACCCCUUGAGGGGUCAUAGGUCAUAGGGCCCCCUCAGUAUGUGAUUUACCCUUAGAUGAGCUACCAGCAGACGGACUAGAGUGGCAUAAUUUGACCUCACCCAAUGCCAGACCAUUUACAUUUGUAACUAAUAAAGUUCUGGCCUAUUUGAACCCGUAAACCU